AUGUUCUCGGCCAUUCUCAAUACUCUUUUGUCUAUUAUUCAUCAACUCUAUGAACGAAACUACACGAUUUUAUUCGUGAUAACUUGUCUAGGUAUACUGGCAUGGCUAUUCAACAAAUUUUGGAUGAAUCGUCUGUUAUAUUCAAAUGUGCAGUCAAUGAAAAACAAAACUGUGCUUAUCACAGGAGGUAAUGCCGGUAUUGGCUAUGAAACAGCCAAAGAUUUACUGAAACGAGAUGCUCGAGUCGUGAUUGCUUGUCGUAAUAUUGACAAAGGUCAUCGAGCAAUAACAAAACUUCAUUUAGAGACAGGUUGCAAGAAAGAUAACAUCCGAUUAAUGGAAUGCGAUUUAUCAUCAUUGAAUUCUGUUCGUAAAUUUGCAAAAUUGUAUAAUGAGAAAGAAGAUCGACUCGACGUUCUCAUCUGCAAUGCUGGUCGAGUUUACACACCGACUCUAUAUACAAAGGAUGGAUUCAACGAUAUCAUGCAAAGCAACUAUCUCGGUCAUUUUCUUCUGAUACAAUUACUAUUAGAAAAACUGAAACAGUGCCGACCAAGUCGAAUCAUCAAUGUGUCGUCAGUCGCACAUAAGUAUCCUCCGGCUAAUCAAGGCAUAAUAGCAUUAACCAAUUUUAAGUCAGAUGCCGUGUGGGGUUCAUAUUGUCCGUCAAAAGCAAGUCAGAUUUUAUCAGCUUACAAGCUCAAACAUGAUCUUUACGACGAUGGUGUUGAUAUAUUUGCCAUAAAUCCGGGAUGGGUAUGGACUUCAUUUCAGGAUCCAUUACAUCCAGCGGUUGGUACAUGGCUAUUUCUCAUUCUUUGUCCGCUCUUACGGGUUGCGAAGUUUAUCUUCGCUAAAACGCCAUACAUAGGAUCGCGUACAACGGUGUUUUGUGCUGUUGAACCUUCACUCGAACAUUCCAAACAUUUAUAUUUCGAAAAUUGUGCACCUUCGAAACCAGCGGCGUACUGUACAGAUGAAGAAUCGGCAGAAAUUCUAUGGAAGUUGAGUUGUGAGGCAACAAUGCCUGUAACAACAGCUGAUGAUAUGUUUUCCAUGGUUCAUCGAUUCUUUGAACAGUAUCGUACAGCGGUUUUUGUGCUUGUAGGAACAUUUAUGGCUGGAUGGCUAUAUAAUAAACUGUGGGUCAAUCGAAAAUUUUAUCCGAGCACUCAAACAAUGUCCAAUAAAACCGUGGUUAUCACUGGUGGUAAUGCCGGGAUUGGUUAUGAAACUGCCAAAGAUCUUCUUCAACGAGGAGCUCGAGUCAUUAUUGUCUGUCGAAGCAUGAAUAAAGGACAUGAUGCAGUUCAACGACUUCGCUCAGAAACCAAUUGCGAUGAGAAAAGUCUUCGACUAAUGGAAUGUGACCUCUGUUCACUAGACUCCGUUCGUAGUUUUGCGAGAAAAUAUAACAACGAAGAAGAUCGGCUUGAUAUUCUCAUCUGUAACGCUGGCAUUGCUUGGUCACCUGAUGCUGUGACUAAAGAUGGAUUUAAUCCUGUCAUACAAGCGAAUUAUUUAGGUCAUUUCCUUUUAACACAACUUCUACUUGACAAAUUGAAAAAAUGUCGUCCAAGUCGAAUCGUUAAUGUCGCAUCGGGUGCACAUAAAAGUAUUCGAUCUAUUGAUUGGUCCGAUGCAUUUACACAAAUGAAAAGCUUUCGUCUAUGGGGUGCCUAUCCAGCAUCGAAAGCGUUUCAAAUUCUGUUAACUCACAAACUAAAACAAGAUUUACUUGAGAAAGAGGGUAUCAAUGCGUUUUCUGUAUGUCCUGGUUGGGUGUGGACAUCGAUUCAAUCUCCCAUGCAAGACGCACUUGGCAUUUUUGGGUUUCUAAUCGCGUAUCCGAUAUUACGUUUACUUAAAGUAGCUUUGGCAAAAACACCCGAGACAGGCGCACGAACGACAAUCUUUUGUGCCGUUGAACCUACACUCGAACAGUCACAUGAAUUACAUUUUGAGAGUUGCAAGGCAGCUCAGCCGACUUCAUUGUGCACUGACAAUACAACGGCAGAUCAUCUGUGGAAACUGAAACGACAAUGGACUGGAUCGCAGCAAGAUCUACUUGUCAAUCAAGCUAUUCAGGCGAUGUACAAUUCUAAACUAUAUGUCGCAGUUUAG